GGAGGCCGAGUCCCAAUGGGUCACCAGAAAGACGGCAAUACAAGAAGUAAUCACUAACAGUUUCAUGAGAAGAAUGGCAUUGAAGCAGAUCUCCAGCAACAAGUGCUUUGGAGGGUUGCAGAAAGUGUUUGAACAUGACAGUGUUGAACUGAACUGCAAAAUGAAAUUUGCUAUCUACCUACCACCAAAGGCAGAAACUGGAAAGUGCCCUGCCCUUUAUUGGCUGUCUGGAUUAACGUGCACAGAACAAAAUUUCAUAUCAAAGUCUGGUUUUCACCAAGCUGCCUCGGAACAUGGUCUCAUUGUUAUUGCUCCAGAUACCAGUCCACGUGGCUGCAAUAUUAAAGGAGAAGAUGAGAGCUGGGACUUUGGCACUGGUGCUGGGUUUUAUGUGAACGCCACUGAAGACCCUUGGAAAGCUAAUUACAGAAUGUACUCUUAUGUAACGGAGGAGCUUCCCAAACUCAUAAAUGCCCAUUUUCCAGUGGACCCACAAAGGAUGUCUAUAUUCGGCCACUCUAUGGGAGGCCAUGGAGCUCUGAUUUGUGCUUUGAAAAAUCCUGGAAGAUACAAAUCUGUGUCAGCAUUUGCUCCAAUUUGCAAUCCAGUGCUCUGUCCUUGGGGCAAAAAGGCCUUUAGUGGAUAUUUGGGAGCGGAUCAAAGUACAUGGAAGGCUUAUGAUGCAACCCAUCUUGUGAAGUCCUACCCAGAUUCUCAGCUAGACAUAUUAAUUGAUCAAGGGAAGGAUGAUCAGUUUCUUUCAGAUGGACAGUUACUCCCUGAUAACUUCAUAGCUGCCUGUACAGAAAAGAAAAUCCCUGUUGUUUUUAGAUUACAAGAGGGUUAUGAUCAUAGCUACUACUUCAUUGCAACCUUCAUUACUGACCACAUCAAACAUCAUGCAAAAUACCUGAAUGCUUAAAAAACUUCAGACAAGAGAAUGUCAUUGGGAUUACAAAGAUUGUAAUAAAUAGAAUUGCUGAGGAAAAGAAUUCAUAAUGCCAAGAGCUUCUUUCUGUAAUUGAUUGACCUUCUGAAUAAAGAUACAGAAUCUUCUGAUUUUAA